GAGAAUGGCCUGUCACCAGCAGAGGUUGCUCAGGGGACGGGGUGACUCGCACCGCAGAGAACCACUCCUGCAGAUGGUCCAUGCCGAGGAGUCCCUCCCCACCAACAUGACGCGGGCAGAGCGCGAGUUCUUCCUCCCCGGCCAGCCCGUGGAGCUGCCCGGCUUCACCUGGCAGGCCUACCACCAUCUGGCCCUGAAGCCGCCACCCUGCACGGAAGUGAAGUCUGAGGUGCGCCACCGGCUGGUGCACCCUUUCAGGAGUGCCCCCCAGCACACCUGGGGCUUCCACACCUGGCUGGACGUGGGGCGGCUGCCUGCUGCCUUCCCCGCGCGCCCGGACAAGCCCUACGACAGCAACGUCUGGCGCUGGCUGACCAACCCCCAGGCCCACCGCGGCCCGCUGGCAGACCCUCCCGUCCCCCCGCCGUCCCGCAUGGGGCCCAACAGCUUCCUGGCCUUCAUCCGCUCUACCCCCAUCUUCCUGGACUCCAGCAGGAAGAACCAGGCGAUUUUCAAAGUGGAGGAGGAGCUGAAGCUGGUGGAGAAGCUCAAGCUGAGGAGUGAAGCCAGGGCACCCCCGCUCGACGCCCACGGCAACAUCUUGCCCCCCCCUAACUUCAGGAAGUACCAGCACAUAUCGGCUGGAGGAAGGAUAGAGCCCCAGGGCUUCCAGCUCAUGCCCAAUCCAAUUCCCAACGAUUUUGCCCGGAGCUGGCCCUGCCCGAACCCUCUGCCUCAUUACCAAGAGAAGGCGCAGAGGCUGGCCCUGCUCCCCAGCGCACCCCUGAGCCAGGACCUCCUAAGGAAAUACCAAGCUCUCAUAGAAGACCGCGUGGCCCUGCCGCUCCACCACCCCUCCAAGGCACGGCCCUGCCAAGCCUCAGUGAAGAGGAGGAGUAGAAGACCCGGACACAUCUAGAAGAGCCUCCAGAUGGGUGGGGACCACGGUGGCACAGGGACGCCCAGGCUGCAGCGUUCCCAACCAUUGCUCCUUCAGCAAGAAGCCCCUGGGGCGGCCUAAAGAUCCUGGCUUCUGCAGCUCUUUAGCAUCUUCCCAAAGUCUGUUCGUGGCUUCUGGAGACUGUGGAAACUGCUCUGUUCUGUUCUUCCUUGGAGGACUUGCGGCAGGAGGAGGACCCAGGUGGGAGGCUGGGGAGAGCCUAGGAAGGGUUCCGGCCCCGGGUCAGAGGAGCGGUGGAGAGGAGAGUGAGCGCACGUGGGCGUGCGUACUGACCUGGCAGAGGGGCCGUAAGAAAUGCGGAUGCGUUCCCGCUGACCCACUGGAACGACACUCGGAUUGGUCAGGGUGCAGAAGCCUCUCAGGAGGCCAGCUGGUGGCCCGGGGUAACAGUGCUGUGUGACGCUGGGUCCACAUGGGAAGGGCUUGGAUUCACACCCGAGGGCCCCCCCAGCACGCCAGGCGCACACGCGAGCCUGAGGGCUGACCGGCUGAAGCUGGCAGUGCGGCACAGCUCGACAGAAGUCAGGUCACCUUGUCUGGGCAGUCCCUGGGAGGACUGGGCAAGGAGAGGUCAGGUCACGCUGGUGCCAGAAGGAGGGCGCAGCAGGCCUCAGCAGGGGAGCAGGAGGCCAAGUCGGUGAGAGAGCGGCCGGGGCCGGCAGGUGCUGUGAGGUCAGGAGCCUGGACCCCGCACAGCCAGCUGUGUGGUUGGCGUCCCAGGUCUGGCAGCUCGAAAAUCCC